GCACGUCAACACUAGUAUAGAUUCUGUAAUUUGUACUCUACCAUGGUGUUCUUAAGCUUCAUCAUCCAUGCACAGGCCACCGCAGGUCUGAGAGCAUUGGGAACAGAAAAGUCUGAGCAGAUUUUGCAAGCGGUUAGGGAUCUUCUUCGUGAAAAGAGUUCAUUUAAAAACCAACCGGACUGGGUUACAGUUCUUGAUGGAUCUCAGGAAGGUGCAUAUGAAUGGGUUACCAUUAAUUAUCUGUUGGGAAAUUUGGGAAAGACCUACGCAGACACUGUUGGUGUGGUUGAUCUUGGUGGUGGAUCCGUCCAAAUGGCAUACGCUAUCGCAGAGAAGGAUGCCGCAAAGGCUCCUAAACCAGCAGAUGGUGAAGAUGCAUAUGUGAAGAAGCUCUUCCUUAAGGGAACGACAUAUUAUCUUUAUGUCCACAGAUGCGGGAGAAUCCUUGAGGACUUGAUGCACAAGGUCUUCUACAGAGCGAAAAGAAGAUUAUACGAUGGCCUACAGGCCUACAUAACUCAUUUUGGGAUUCUUCGACAAACUUGGUCAAUUCAAUGGGGCUCGUUGUCCCUCACCAAACAUAUAGCCACUGCUACUAGUAGUCAGUUUUUCUUUGUGAGCCAGGAAUGAAGACUGACCAGAGACCGAGAGAUGCAAUUGCAGGUCACUGCAUUGGAAUGACAACUACUGGACUAUCCUCUUCAUUCAAAUGCUAAAGUCUUUGAGUACUUUACUCUGUAUCUCCUUCUAUUUUAUCCUCAUGAAUUGCAUAUAAAAUACAAUGUUACUGAAAGUGAAGGCAAAAUACAAUACAACUUGUUACUACUGUCCUAAAUCUUGCUUUUUUACUCAUGGCGUUUCAAUCAUCUUGCUGUCCAUAGUUGAUACUAGUGAUUUUUCAUUUGUUUUCUGCACAAUUUUAGUCUUGUUAAAAUUAUAAAAUGAGAGUGUCAUUUCUAUUGUGUACUUCAUUGCAUGCGCGAACUAAUAAAGAAGCUUUGCACACUCAUGACAAUCUGUGUGAUAACUGGGAAAUCUUAAUGUUCAGGUUUAUCCAUCCUCCUCCGUUGAAGCAGGCUGGCUUAGCUCCUGCCUGCCCUCCGACGCCGCCCACGGUGAGACCUCUCAUCCCUGCAUCUUCAGAUAGUGGGUUCGGCCAGUUGAUUUCUGUUCAUGUUUUAGAACCUUGCGUGUAUAUCAGAGGUGCUGGUUUUUUCACUAGUUGUACAGAUACAAACUAGCAACUGGCCUAAUGGUUGUAUGCAACACUUGUGAUCACUUAACUAAUAAUAGUAAUAUCUAGCCUUACCAUAACGUGCUAGUUAUGCAAUCCACGUCUGUAGUUUUUAGUUCCGAAAGAGCCCUUCAGCUUUCGAUCAGUAAAAGUGCAUCAUAGACAGUUCCAAGUUCAUUAAUAUGCAAUUGACAUAUGCACCUGCCGUCUGUGCAUGUGCCAAUAUUAGGAUAUUCACUUGAAUUCAUAUAGUCAGGAGAAAAAAGCAUCAUGAUAUACAGACUACAAACAACCUAGAGCUAGCUAGGAAGACAGUAGACAAAGAAAGCGCUGAGGCGUUUGCCAACAGCCUUAUUCUCGGUUUCUUUUUCAAAGAGGCUAGAGCAAUUUGUGUAUAGGUUGUUCACUUGAAUUCGAAUAUCGCAUCUUGAAUUAUAUGGCAGUCAUAUAUCUUGGGUACAAAGGGUACUUGUGUAUUUUUAUUAGCUCAGUGAUUUAAGUUUCGAGUGCGGUGCAGAGUGACAAAAGAGAGCAGUGACUGAGAUUUGUGGAGUCCAGUCCACUAAAUUCUCACGCUUCGAAGGAGAUAUAUGGCUUUAAAAACACCCUGCUUUUAAAAUAUG